ACACAUUCUGAACAUAUUGACAUUUGUAAUACAUACAAUUUCACUAAAUAUUUUUCAUAUUUGCGCAUGAAUGCGAAAUUGUUGAGGUGUUCAUCAUGUCUGUUACUGUUCCUGAGGGCCACUGGUUCAAAGUAUUCUAGCUAAGCAAGGAGGUUGCCCUUGAAACUACAUGUUCCAUAAUGCUUCGCUUCCAAGAUGACCAAAUACAGACGCUUUUGACAGCCCGAAGUCCGGAGGAAAAGUUCCUGUCAAGUUUGCCGACAACGACCUUGAAGAACUUGGACAAAAGCAAAUGCCUGACAAGAGAAGCAGCAGCUGUAGAGGUCAUUGGAUUUGACUCGGGCUCACUCACUCUGGAGGAGAGACUGUCCUACCAACUGUACCUGCGUCCAAUCAAUGCAAGGAUACUCCUAGCAGCAACAGGAAGUAACUGUCAUUUACAACAACCUGGUACCAGAUGUGCGAUCAGCCUGCUGUUUCUCCCUGAUCCACCAGGGGGCCUCAGUCACUCACAGGGACCAGCCCUGAGUCCUCCACCCUCACCCUUAACACCCGGCCCCAGUCAAGCUGUCCCACCCUCAUCCCUCUCCCUCUCCUCCUCAUCUCUUCUUCUGGCCCUCACACUCCCCACUGGACCCCCUGUUGACCCUCUCCCUUUAUAGGGGGCAGGGGGAGGCGUCCGGGGGCCUCGAUGAGGAGACCCUGCCCCUAUAUGAGGGCCUUAAUAUGGAGUGCGACCUCCUGGAAAGAGUGGAUAGGGGAAGCCAUGAUGUGUCCACCCUCACUGAACUUUGUUCAGGUGGCGAUAGUGAGGUGGAGAUAGUGAGCCUGCUGUCUGAGGGACUGCCUAACUACACUCUGCGGGCGGACUGCAUGUUUGGCUACGACCACGACGACUGGCUCCACACCCCUCUUCUGCCCCCGGAGGUCGCCCUGGGAAUCACACACGACCAGAUAGAAGAGACGCUCAAGUACUUCUUGCUGUGUUCAGAGAGAGUGGGCCAGGUCACUAAGACCUACCAUGACAUUGAGGCUGUCACCCACCUACUGGAAGAGAAUGAAGAACAUCAAACCGCUGUCGUCUUGCAGAAAGAGCGGGACCUCGAGUUGGCGGCCCGGAUUGGCCAAUCACUGCUCAAGCAGAAUCGGGAUCUAACGGCACGGAAUGAGUUAAUGGACGAACAGCUGGAGAUCGCUAAGGAAGAGAUAGCCCAGCUGCGACAUGAGCUCUCCAUGAGAGACGACCUGCUCCACUUGUACGCCAGCACAGAGGAGAUCGAGAACGCCUCCGACUCACACGCACUAAUGAAGAGGAACGAGUCGUCCAACUCCCUCAGUAACUUUGUCAAUUAUGACUUCAUACAGCAGAAACUCAAAGGUCUGGAGGAGGAGAACCUCAAACUACGCUGUGAGGCCAAUGAACUGACGUCAGAGACCGCUAACUAUGAGGAACAAGAGCAGGAGCUGAUGAUGGUGUGUGUGGAGGAACUCACCUCUGUGAAUAAGCAGGUGGUGGACCUGUCUGAUGAGUUGGCCCGUAAGGUGGAGGACACUCUCAGGCAGCAGGAGGAGAUCAGCUCCCUGCUCGCACAAAUAGUCGACCUGCAGGCACGCUGCAAAAGGCUCACCACUGACAACGAAGAGCUGACCCAGCACCUGAGUGCCUCGCGGGAGAACCAAUCACAGCUCAAAUCAGAGCUAAACUACCUGCAGGACAAGUACUCAGAGUGUGAGGACAUGCUACGGGAGACCAGAGAGGACAUUAAGAACCUGCGCAACAAGAGCCUGCCCAACAGCACGGUGCAGCGCUACAGCUCCCUAUCAGCCGUGUUCCCCAUGGACUCCCUGGCAGCAGAGAUAGAGGGCACCUUCCGCAAGGGCCUGGACGUCCCCGCACCCUCCGAGUACAAGAAUCACCCGUGGCGCGUGUUUGAGACGGUGAAGGUGGUGAACCAAGCGUCGAGGCUGCGGUCGCGGUGCCACUCCCCCGGCCAGGUGCCCGGCUCCAGCCCUGUGUCGCUGCGCUCCAGCCGUGCCUCCACCCCCCGUACCAGCUACUACGGCUCAGACAGUGCCAGCUUCACCUUGGAGGACAAACCACCUAGUGCCGUAUCGAGGCUGGCAGAGGUGGCACACACUGAGGACAGCAGUGUAAGUGGCCCUAAGCGUCUGGGUAUGCCGGGCAUGCCUGGAGGCCAGGACCUUGAGGCCGCUCUCCGCUGUUUAUCUGACCGCCAGCAGAGCCAUGCCUCAGAGCGCCCCUUCUUUGAGGUGGAGCGCGAACGCAAACUCCGCGCCCUGGCCACCGCCUGCCAACGGGGCAGCGAGGAGGUGGGCGAGCUGGGCUCCAGCGGGUUCCUUACACCCAACGACAGCCUGGUGUCCAGCUCGGUGGCGUCGACAGGCACCAACUACUCCAAUGGCAGCUCGCUGCACUCCUCGGCCGGAUCGGGGGGCUCGCGCUCCUACCUACCUGACCGCCUGCAGAUUGUCAAGCCCCUGGAAGGCUCAGUGACCCUGCACCACUGGCAGCAGCUGGCCAAGCCCAACCUGGGCGGUAUCCUGCACCCUCGCCCGGGGGUCCUCACCAAAGACUUCCGGGAGCUGGAGAUCGACCUCCAACACGUCUACAGCCUCAAUGACCUGGAGGAGGACGAGCCUGACCUAUUACAGCUCUCCCAUGGCCUGGCUGCCGGAGUCCACGGCACCAUGGUCACUCCUCCAUCCUCUGGCCCCAACCUCCCCCAGACCCCUCCCACCCACACCGUCACCAACUGUCGGCGCCACCACCCAUCCCUCCUGCUCCCCUCCUUCUCCACCAGGAAGGCUGUUGAGAUAUUUUUUCCGAAGGACACCUGGCCAAGAAAGCAACAUACAGUCAAGUGCAGAAAGUUACAUGUUUUUUGUCUGGUAUUUACUAAGAGCGUAUUUAUGGUGACAAUGAAUACUUCCUGGAAGUUUCGUCAAAGACGUCGAAAUAAUAGCCUUUGCUCUCGCAGCCUGUCCGCUCGUGGGAGCUGUGAGCAUCUGAGUACAACGUCACCCUCCUCUUCCAAUCAGCAGCACUGUGUGCUGACCUUUGACCCUAGCCAGGGCGGUGGCCACCACUCCACCUCCACCCCAGCACCUCCUCUAUCACUGGGACUCCUGAAGCUGCUGAAGGAGCAGGGCAUCUCUGCCUCCACCCUCCCCUACCCAUACCACCAACUGACCCCACACACACCCCACAACGGCAGAGGAAGAGCGGGGUGGAGGAACAUGCACUAUGGAGGAAGAAGGGAGAAUGAACAUUUUCAGCUUCAACCUGGUAGAGAAGCUGAGGAGUCUGGGACUUCACAAGGUGGCAGCCCGAGGCGUGGUGGACUGAAGCGAGCACGAAGAGGAGAGAGAAGCAAUCCGACAAUACAGACAUCCACCUAAAGUCUGAGAAAGACUGGGAAAACUCCUUCUCCCCUUCCUCCUUAAUCGUCAUUGACUUCAAUCCACAUGCUGGCUAUAUGCCACUGUACUGACAUUUUGUGUUUCGGGCCCACAGCAAUACAUCAUAAAAUGGAACCUCGGGAGAACCAUAGAGCCAUAAGUUGAGUUUCUGUUACGUCUACAGUCACUCUUCUUUUUGUAAUGGACUCAUGUAUUGUAUAUACUAGGUCUCCACGACAAUGUGUGACGUCAUGAUCAUUCUCAGGAGAAUCACCUGAUCACCGGUCUGGCUGGCUUGAACGCGCGCAAGUUAUUAUUAUUUUUUUAUCAAAGAAAAACAUGCGUUUCUUUUUUUAUACCUGUUUCGUGGGUGUCGGAUGGUUUUACACGUUUUUCUUUAAAGACCCCCCGGCUAUGCUUUUUUAAUAUAUAUUUUUACCAUCAAAUACAAUCACAUUACCUUUUCAUUACUUGGGGAAAGAUUCAAGGUAUCGUUAUUUAAGAACCACCAAACUGACCAGUUUGUCAUCCACAGAUGCGCUGGAAUUCAGUAUGUCCUUUUGCAUAUUAGCUGCUAUUAGAAAAUGAAGCAUUUGUGGGUAUUAACCACAUUGACUUUACUGUGGUAAAACCACAAGCACUUCAAUCACUCCCCAUUACAGAAUGGUAGAGAGAUUGAUACACUGACUUUACUUCCUGAACGUUUGUGACAUUAUUGACAUUCACUGAGGUAUACUACUCUGCUCUUUACCCAAAAGUCCUCAUUUAGCUCUCGCAGUACUGUGCGUUUACAUGGCAUCACGCAUCACCUGCUGCAAGUCAUUGUAAAAUAAUGCUUUACUUUGAAAUGCUGUCAAUUAUUGUAAACGUAUUUAGUCGAACCUCACUAAAGCAUUCAGGUAGUCUACCAUGCUGUAUCAAAGACAACAGAAAGUGACUGUAAAAGGUCUCUGCACUAGUCUAUGUGCUGGAUCUGUGUUAACAGACCUUAAACUAAAGUGUUGUUGGUACAAAUGUAAUUCAUGUCAUCAGGAAUAAUGAAAGUGAGUUGUAUGAAAAAAAUUAUGAUCAAAUGAUCAUGGACUGCAUGCUUUUUUGGAUGCUCUUUCAGCUGUCUGGACAAUCAAUUGUAGAUAAAAGGCGUAGGAUACUGCAGAUCAAAAGGGAAAAAGAUAGCAAAUUUUGACAAUUUAAAUUCAGAAGAAAAUGAACCAAACAGCACUACAUAUAUUUCAGAUGUUGAAAUGGACUACUCUUUGCUGAAUUCUAUGUUAUGAUCACUGAGAUGUAUGUCUGUAUAUAUUGUACCACAUGUACAUUAAAAAGUACAUUGUAUUUCCAUCA